CAAAUAGUUUAAACCUUUACAUCUUCUUCAAACAAUCACAUCUUUGAACUUACUUUACUUCAAAAACAAUCACAAAAAUAAAUAAAUAUGUUGAUUUUUUCAUCAGAGCCAAAGCAAAAGUCACAUUUUUCCCACUUUAGAGCUUUGUCUUAAUCUCACUUACUCGACCGUUCCUCUCAAAAAAUUUCAAAAAACUCAAUUUUGAAUCUCAGAAAAAAGGAAGUUUCCGGCGUUAAAUUCGAGAAGAAAAAAAAAACACAAAUCUCCGGUGAUAAUGGGUUGCGUCUCAUCGAACCUCCUUAAUCACGACGAAGACUUCCCACAACUCGGCGGUGGAAGCUCCGCCUUUGGCCACCACAUCGUCAAACUCACCUCCACCACUUACGGUCUUCUCACUCUCGAUCCUCCUCCUUCUUCUCCUCCUCCUUCCUCCGCCGCAUUCUCAUCCGACAUGCCUAUGACACCGCCGGAGAAAUUCAAGAUCGGUACUAAAUCUAAGUCGUCAUUGUGGUCUGAGCCAAGGGUAAUCAAGUCUGAACCGGAGGUUAUUAACUCAUGGGAGCUAAUGUCUGGUCUCGACGGUGAGAGUUUCCGAUUCACUCCUCUUCCGAAGACUCCGGUUAAGUAUAAAGUCUUCGGCGGAGAGAACAAAGAGAACUCUGAACCUAAUCGGAGAAACCCUAGAAAAAACUUGAACGACGACGUUUUGAAACCGUUAGAUCCGAACCGAGAUGAUUCGGAUCGGAGAAACGCUACGAAACCGUUGAAGGAUCUGAAAUCGGCUGAGAGAUUUGAGAGGAUUUGUCCUCCGGGAGGAGAGAACCGUGUGGUGAUUUACACGACGUCGUUGCGCGGUGUUCGUCGGACGUUUGAGGCGUGUAACGCUGUGAGAAGCGCGGUUGAGAGUUUAGGUGUUGUGGUUUGUGAGAGAGAUGUGUCUAUGGAUAGAGGUUUUAAAGAAGAGCUUGUGAGUCUAAUGGCCAAGAGAGUUAAGGAUGAUGGAGCUGCAACUGCAUUGCCGCCUCGGGUUUUUGUGAAGGGAAUGUACAUUGGUGGAGCAGAGGAAGUGUUGAGACUAGUUGAGGAAGGUUCUUUCGGAGAGCUGAUCGGUGGGAUUCCGAAAAAGAAAGCAGGAGGAUGCGAGAGCGGCGCGUGUGAUGGAUGCGGCGGUUUGUUUUUCUUGCCGUGUUUUAGGUGUAAUGGAAGCUGUAAGAUGGUGAAAGGAUGGGGUAGUGCUGCUGUGGUUGUGAGGUGUAAUGAGUGUAACGAGAACGGUCUUGUUCCAUGUCCUAUUUGCAGCUGAGAGUUCUGAAUUCACUCUUUUUCAGUUUGUGUCUCUUAAGCUUAUGGGGUGAAAUAGACCAAACCUAUCUAUGUUUGUUUGAUGAUCCGUUAUGUAUAAUUCAAUACAAAUCCUCUCAUGUUCUAUAA